CAGCAGCAUACAUAGCCCAGAGCGACCACACAUCCACUUUCGUAUUCACGACCUCGACCGUCGAGGAUGGUCUUGAUCCAUCGCAAGAAGUCAACCUUAAAUGCCCAUGACUCUGACGACGCGGUCAUUGAUGAACAAGAACCAAAGGACGCGGAGCAGAAGAGACGCGAGUUGGAGGUUGAAGUGAAGAAGCUGAGGAAGCCAUGGUACCGUACAGGGAGAUUUCUCUUCCCUCUGGGAAUCAUACUGGGGAUUCUAUUAGGUUUCUCGUUCAUUGAACCACAAGACAUCCAAGACCUACACGGUCAAAUGGCCCUCAUAUUAAGCGAAUACGACCUCAAUUUACCCCAGUUCCCUGACUUUGACUUCUCUCGACUGGAAACCGAAUGGGCGAGGAUACGGAGCAACAUUCCAGAGGUUUGGAAGUUCAACAAUGACGGACGCGAAUUCCAAGUCGGAGAUGCCAUGAAAGCCCGCGGAUUGGAGGCUGAAUUCCCCGUUAUCAUUAUACCAGGCAUUAUUUCGACUGGACUGGAUUCAUGGUCGACUUCUCCAGAAUAUAGGGCAUUCUUCCGCCAGAAGAUGUGGGGCGGCUUCGGUAUGCUGUCCCAGGUUACAUUCAACAAGGAGAAAUGGAUUUCUGCGAUGGUCUUGGAUCCCGUCACCGGUCUUGAUCCACCUGGUGUGAAAAUCAGGGCUGCAGAAGGUAUCGACGCUGCAAGUUCAUUCAUUCAAGGCUAUUGGAUAUGGUCAAAGAUAGUAGAAAACUUGGCAGUUGUCAACUACGAUACCAACAACCUAUAUCUUGCACCCUAUGACUGGCGACUGUCGUACUAUAACCUGGAAGAACGCGACGGCUACUUUAGCAAGCUUAAGCAGACUAUAGAGAGUCUCAAGGAGCGUCAUGACAAGAAGGUCGUCAUUACUGCGCAUUCGAUGGGCGCGACUGUCAUGUUGUUGACAUACUUUUUACAGUACUUCUUCAAAUGGGUGGAAUCACCACUACAUGGAAAAGGAGGAGAUAGAUGGGUCGAGGACCACGUCGAAGCAUAUAUCAGCGUUGCCGGAACGCAUUUGGGAGUGGCAAAAGCCAUGGCGGCGUUCUUGUCAGGGGAAAUGAAGGAUACUGUCCAAAUGAACCCCGCCGGAGCAUACGUGCUAGAACGAUUCUUCUCCAGAAAGGAACGGAAACGACUCUUCUUGAGUUGGGCAGGAAGUGCGAGCAUGUGGAUGAAGGGAGGUAACGCAAUCUGGGGAAAUUCGACGCAUGCGCCGGAUGAUAUGGCCAAUUCAACGUGCAGUCACGGGGAGCUUAUCUCUUUCAGGGCCAGAGAAGUUAUUGCGGAUAGCUUCGUCGAUCCUAGCCUCAGGAAUAUGACGGCCGAAGAUGCUGGUAACUGGAUACUACAGCACACACCGCCUGCAUUCCAGCGCAUGAUGCAAACCAAUUACUCGUAUGGAAUUGAGCGUGACGAAAAGACGUUGAAGAAGAAUGACUUGGAUCAUCGGAAAUGGACCAACCCACUUGAAGUCAGAUUGCCCUAUGCGCCAUCAAUGAAGAUCUAUUGCACAUAUGGUGUCGGAAAGGAUACCGAGCGUUCAUACUGGUACGCGGGCGGAGAACACGACGAAGAGCUCGACGUCCCCGCCGGCGGACUAUCCCCUAACUGCCCCGAGGGCCAGAGCUGCACCAACUCGAAUGCUUCGAACCUCUUCCUCUCCCGCAAAAGCUGGAUCGACUUUGGUUACACUAACGAAACCGCGUCGCCGAAGAUCCUGAAUGGCGUUAAGAUUGGUGAAGGGGAUGGCACUGUGAGCUUGCUGAGCCUCGGGGCUAUGUGUGUCGAGGGGUGGAAGCGACCUCGAUGGAAUCCCGCUGGAAUCAAAAUCAAGACAGUGGAGUUUGAGCACCGGCCUGUCGCUUCCAUUCCAAGGGGAGGAGCAAGCACCGGCGACCACGUCGAUAUCCUUGGAUCAACAGGGUUAAACGAGUUGAUCUUGAAGGUUGCAACAGGAGCCGGUGAAGAAGUCGAAGAACACUUUGUUUCGAACAUUCGAGAGUAUGCUAGAAGGAUACAGUGGGACUGA